UUUUAGCUAUCACCUGUCAUAAAAACUAUUCUCAGUUGUUAAUCAUAGAACAAAUAUUUUUUAACAAAAUAUCUCUCUAUUAGAUAUCAAAUUACCUAUGGAAUAGUCAUUCAAAUCUAUUUGGAUUUAAGAUGAUUUUAAUGUGGGUGGGGUUUUUAUCACUUGUUAAUGGUUACUACAUGCCAUCAAACAUUUCAAUUGCAUCAGACGGUGAUAAUGAGCUUGGUCUAGAUCAAUUUUACAGAAAUCCAUUUUAUGACUCAAAAAUAUACAAUUAUGGAAGCGUGGUGGGUAGAGAUGGAAAUUUUAUAGAAAAUGAUAAUUUUGAUUAUGAAAUUUUUAAAUCAAGAGCAGAAGACAAUGGAAAAUUCCCUGAGCUUUUCGAUUUUCUCAAUAAUUCGAGCGAUAAUGUAUUUGGAGAUUAUAACUUUAUGAACAAUGAAGACUCAGAUCUUGAAAUGGAUAAACAUACGUUUGGAUAUAAACCAGUUGCGAAAAGAUCACUACAAAAUGAAGUUAUAAAAUCAGAAUAUACAGUUCCCAUUUUGGAUUUUAAUUACGGCAGGAUCCACAAUCCAAUAGAUGACAAAGACGCUACUGUUAGUUUCAUGACUUCCUUGAAACACCCAAAACAAUUCAAUGACUUUCCUGGGAAUGAUAUUGAAGGGCUGUUUAGCAACAAACCAAACCAUUUGAAAUCAAAAUCUGAAGAAGUUGUUCCAAAUAAGCUGUAUGAAUCUAGUUUAGAUGGAAGAGGAGAAUUACAUUUAAAAAAACUCACUCAUCAAGGAAAGCCCAUGGAUAUAUGGAACAAUUUCUUAACAGAAAUUAUGACCAUCAAUAAAAUGCAAAAAAGUAGAAUUAACCAUUUACCUGGCAAGGAUCAAUAUCAAUAUCCGUUUGAAAAGAAUGGAAAAAAGCAAGAUGAUAUUAUCAAUAAAAAUGUGAGUGACAGUUCACCAAGAAACUACACAUCACGAUUUCAAAAAUACAUGCCAUUUUUAUUCAAAAACAUGGAACCCCAGAAAAAACAAAGAAAAGGACAACAAACCUCGCCUUCCAAUAAAAUUGAAACUAGUUUUGCUAUUGAAGAUUCUUCCAAAUUAAUGAGUCGCUGUGAAAGUAAUGGUAUAGAGAUGUUAGACGAUGAUUAUGAUAUUGAUGAUUCUAAUAAAGAACUUUUCAAAAUUUAUAAACAAUCGGAUCAACCUCAAGAUGAGUUUCUAACAGUUAGAUUGUUCGAGCAUUUGAAUAAUCCAUUUCCAAAUUUAUUCAGAGAAAUACCUCCACCAAGUGUGGUUGCUAAUAUUGUCAACAAGGAUGUUCUCAGGAAAUUGAAAAAUAAGAUUUCAGGUAAAGAUCAUGAGUUCUAUGAGUUCAAAUUCAAGAAAAUCAAUAACGAUCCGUUUCCAAAUUUGUUUUUUGAAAAGCCCAAAUUGGAACAAGAGGAAUUUGUCAUAAGAAAGCUACCCAUGAAAAAGACGAAGUCAAAAGAUUUAAACUGACCAGAUUUUAUAAAGCAAGUAAAUAAAAAAAUGCACCUAUUGUGACUGUGAAUUGUGAAAAAUUGAAUGAAACCAUCUUUUUUGUUUGGGCUACUUUCGAAUAGAGCUCACAAUUAUUGUGAGUAAACAACUAAAAAAAGGUACUUGGGAGGAAACUGUUUACUGUAAAUGAAGUCAAUAAAGAUUUUCAUCCAUA